ACCACCAGCUGCUCCUCCUGCCAUUGGAUGGGCCACCCAAGAGCCUCCCUGGACUCUGGCAUUGGGGCUAGCUGGGGACCAUGGGGGAGGCACGUUGUUGAGGGCAGUUUUCUUGGAUACCUUUCUACAACUUCUGUAAUAUGGGAUUACUUUGCUAGGACUACACCUCCCAGCAUCCUCUGUUGGGGAUGAUGGGACUUGCAGUCCCCUACCAGCUAGAUGUGACGGCUCACACCCUGACCUCUCCAACAGAGGGCCCCAGAGACUAGCAGGGUAACGUCUACUGCUCCUCACUUUCAUUUCCCAGCUCCUUCCCUCAAAAUCUUUCCGUCUGACCCUCUCCUGUUAUAUUAGGAGAUUCUCCCCCGCCUCUAGCUGUGCAUGCUGGGUGUUGUAGUGAAACAACAGGCUGUACACAGCAGCUCUAACAUUUAAAGAGACGCUGCAAUCAGCAUUUAUAGAGGUGUAUUGGCUCUUGGGUUUCCCUGGCAGAAGCACAUACAGGACAUGUAUUAUAUGAAGGCCCAUGCUAGAUCUGUCCCAGGAUCUUAAUGACUGUAUGGAAGCUUUAAAUCUCUUUUUGACGAAUCAGUUUAAUGAGAGUCUGGCUCUUUUGCGACCAAGGGCUACAGAGAGUCUAUAUCACAGCCUGGUCUAUGCCACUAUACUAGAGAUGCAAGCUAUGAUGACAUUUGAGCAUGAUGACAUCAUCAGUGCAGGACAGACCAUGAAGCAGGCACAGGAAAUAUGUCAGAGGUUUAGGAAGAAAUCUUCCAUAAUCAAUAAGUCUGGAGCGGAUGCCUUUACAGAAGUGGAGUUACACGCGGAGGUUUGCUAUGCCGAAUGUCUCCUGCAGAGGGCAGCUCUCACUUUCUUACAGGAUGAGAAUAUGAUCAGCUUUAUUAAGGGUGGCAUGAAAGUCCGGAACAGCUACAUGAUCUAUCGAGAUCUGAAUACUUUAUUGCAGUCUAAUGCUUUCCAGAAGGGGGCGUCACAUGUUCAUCUAGAAGGCGGAGUCUCUCUGGGCACUGGAGCUUUUAACCUGACGCUCUCUCUCUUCCCUCCCCGGAUCCUUAAGUUACUGGAGUUUGCUGGGUUUUCAGGGGAGAAGGAAUAUGGACUUUCCCGACUCCAUGAAGGUGCCGCAUCCUGGAACCUGCGCUCCCUGCUCUGCACAAUGUUACUUCUCUGUUACUAUACUUUCCUCAGCUUCAUCCUGGGGACAGGUGAGGUUGGUGUGACAGAAGCUGAGGACCUCCUUGGUCCAUACAUGAGUCGUUAUCCCAAGAGCGCAAUCUUUCUUUUCUUUGCUGGGAGGAUAGCGGAGCUUAAAGGCAACAUUGAUGAGGCGAUCCGUUGGUUUGAGGAGGGCUGCUCAGCACAGCAGGCCUGGAAGCAGUUCCAUCACAUGUGCUACUGGGAGCUGAUGUGGUGCUAUGCCUAUAAAGGCCUCUGGAAGGUGGCCUAUUUCUAUGCUGAUCUGCUGAGCAAAGAGAAUCGUUGGUCUAAGGCCAUGUAUGUCUAUAUGAAGGCUGCUUUUCUGAGCAUGUUGCCACCUGAUGAGCCACGGCCCUUUGGAGAGAAUGAGGUGGAGUUGUUCAGGAUUGUGCCCUCCUUAAAGCAGAAAAUCGCUGGGAAAUCUCCUCCCACAGAAAAAUUUGCCAUCAGGAAGGCGAGGAGGUACCAGGCCAAGGAACCAGUGCCAUUACCUGUCCCCGCGCUGGAAAUGAUGUAUUUAUGGAACGGCUACUCUGUGCUGGGGAAAGACAGCCGGCUGACUGAAGAGACCUUGACUAUACUUUGUACAGCCGAGUCCAACCUGAGCCAAGAACAAGCCUCUGAGUUUCUUUAUGAUGAUAUGUGCUCCAUCUUGCUGCUGAAAGGACUGUGCCUGAAGCACCUAGGGCGGCUGGAAGAGGCAGAGCAGUGUUUCACUCAAAUAUGCCAUAGUGAGAAGAAGAUUAAAUUUGAUCACUACCUGGUGCCCAAUGCUCUGCUGGAGCUCAGCCUAUUGUAUUUGCAGCAGCAAAGAGGAGAGGAGGCCAUUGUACUGCUGCGCCGCGCUAAGAAUAACUAUAAAAAUUACUCCAUGGAGUCACGGACCCUGUUCAGGAUCCACGCGGCUCUUUCCAAACUGAAAGCUGCGGAGUCUGAAGAGAACAGCACAGACGGCGCCAGCCCUUCCUAAUGGGCCCGUGUUGUUUAUACUCGCACUGCUGCACGGACUCCCUGAAGUGAUUCAUGGGAUCUGGAGAGCACAUUGCAUUGUGGGACACCUGUAUGAUGUCAGACUACCUGCUGCUCUGGACUGUGACACUGACAGCAACACUGGGCUGCAUAACCCGACAGCUCUCCAUGUUUUCCCAGAAUCCCUUUUGGCUGUAAAGCAACAAGUCUGCAUUCAAUACCUACAAACGGAGAUACUGAAUUGUCUGUAAAUUCAAUAAAUUGUACAGUUUUGAUUAA